AUGGGUCCAAAGGAUUUCGAAUGCGAGGCUCUUAACUUUCUGCCUAUACUCUUUUGCUUUUUUUUUUUUCCCCCUCUUACCCAAGGAUUUUCUUCGAAGGAUCAAAGGCUACCAGUAGGAAGGAGUAUUUUGGGGCCCCCCCGGGCCGGUGACAGUUUACGGACAGGGUACUAUAAUGGCCUGCCUAGAAAAACCGGCCGGGGCAAAGAUGGAGAAUGGAAAUGGGCUGUGUCUGCUUACUUUGUAAUCCUUCGACGACAUCCGGUUCAUCGGUAG